AGGGUGACGACUCAAAACAGCAGGAGCAGCAACGAUGGCCACAAAUGUCCUGACUUCGCCUGGACCAAACUCACAGUGCGGCGGCUGAACACCGGGGGAGGGGUUGUGCUUUUUCCCCGUGAACCAGAAGCGUCUUUUUUUUAAAAAAGCACUGGAUUGUUAAAAAGAAUCGCCUUGAGUAAAACCCCAUUCAUCGGGCUGUUUUUUUAAAGUGGAUUUGAAAAUCAUAAAGGACUACGUACUCCGCUGGUUUGCUAUGGCUCCUGAGUUGAGCGGCCUCAGCGUCCGCCUCUCGUAACGCUCCUGUGAAUCCCAGGAAACACUGGGGUGGUUUGAGCUUCACACCACCGCAGCAGGGAUGAUUACUUCCCAUAUGAACGGUUAUGUGCAGGAGGGCUCGGACCCCAUCAAGAGCCACAGGGAGAGGGCCGUGGACUGCCCAGGGGAGGAAGGCAACCUCGUGAAAUCGCCACACUCCAGCGCCCACAUGGAGAGGAUCCAGCAUUACCAGGAAGAGCUGAGGAAAAGGAGGGAGGAGGAGAACAGGGGGAAGCACGACAUAGACCCCAACGCUUCUCUGAGGCUCAAGAAGCUGUCGCAGAACCCCAAAGUGGGCAUCGACAAUCCCACCUUCGAUGGGAAGGAAAAGGCCGCCAGGGACGCCGGCUCCCCGGAUCACGUAGUGGAGCUGGAGGAGCUGCUGCAGGCCCUGAAGUGGGUGCAGCACUGCCUGACCGAUGCUCAGAGCCAGCAGGACGUGGAGCUGAUAACGCAGCUCCUUGCCAAGGAAGACUUCAGGAAUGCCUACACCAUCUACAGCGCCGUGUCCCAGCAGAUGAGCAGAGUCAGUCCCACCUCACCCCUCACAGCACAAGCACAGGACCUCUGCCAGGAGGUUCAGAAGAUUCUCCAGUCCAGCCAACAGAAGGAGGGUUUGGAGCUCAGAGCUCUGCUCACCAAUCCUCAUCUCCAGGCACUGAUGCAGGUCCACGACAACGUGGCGGUGCAGGAGAUGGCGGAGGGGAGUGUGACCCAGUACCUGGGAGAGACGGUUAAAUUAGUGCGGCUAGAGAAGACCAGAGACACUCCACUGGGUGCGACGGUUCGUAACGACAUGGACAGCGUGGUGGUGAGUCGCGUGGUGAAAGGCGGCGCAGCAGAGCGGAGCGGCCUCCUCAGCGAAGGAGACGAGAUCCUCGAGAUCAACGGGAUUCCUCUGCGUGGGAAGCAUGUCAACGAGGUCCACGACCUGCUGCAACAAAUGCAGGGCACUCUGACCUUCCUCCUCAUCCCGAGCUCUCAGAUUAAACCUGCCCCGCACAGACAGACUGUGAUGCACGUACGGGCUUAUUUCGACUACGACCCCUCGGACGAUCCCUUCGUCCCGUGUCGGGAGCUGGGCCUGUCCUUUCAGAAGGGAGACAUCCUUCACGUCAUCAGCCAAGAUGACCCCAACUGGUGGCAGGCCUACAGGGAUGGAGACGAGGACAACCAGCCCCUGGCUGGACUCGUUCCAGGCAAAGCUUUCCAGCAACAGAGGGAGACCUUGAGGAAAACUAUAACGGACAGGAGUCGAGACCAACAAGGCAAGCUGUGGUAUGCAAAGAAGAGCAAGAAACAGAGGAAGAAGAGCACGUCAAACUUGAACAAAAAUACCGACUACGAUGACAUCCUGACCUAUGAGGAGAUGUCCCUCUAUCACCAGCCCGCUAAUCGCAAACGCCCCAUAGCUCUGAUCGGCCCGACCAACAGCGGCCACGACGAGCUGCGCCGAAGGCUUCUGUCCAUUGAACCGGAGAAGUUCGCCGUGGCCGUUCCACACACGACCAGAAACCCCAGGAUACACGAGCGGAACGGCCGUGAGUACCACUUCGUGAGCCGCUCCGCCUUCGAAGCCGACUUGGCGACGGGGAAGUUCAUCGAGUCCGGGGAGUACGAGAAGAACCUGUACGGCACCAGCACGGACUCGGUGCGACACGUCAUCAACUCCGGACGCAUCUGUUUGCUCUCUCUGCACACGAGGUCACUGCAGGUGUUGAGAUCAUCCAACCUCAAGCCGUAUGUCAUCUUCAUCGCGCCUCCUUCUCAGGAACGACUACGCACCCUGCUGGCCACAGAAGGCAAAACACCAAAGCCGGACGAGCUGAAGGACGUCAUCGAGAAGGCCCGCGAGAUGGAGCACAGCUUCGGCCACUUCUUCGACGCGACCAUCGUGAACAUGGACCCGGACCAGGCUUUCCACGAGCUGCGCAGGCUGAUAGAUAAACUGGACACUGAGCCGCAGUGGGUGCCCACGUCCUGGCUGUGCUAGAGGCGUCCGAGCACACGCAGCCUCAGGACGGUGGAGCCCGAGCACAGGAUGACGGACAGUGGUAAAGUUGGAAUUUUAACUUGCACAUUUUUUUUUUUUUUUUUUUUUUCCUCGUUUGUAGAGGAGGCAAUCGAUACCGCGUGUUGCAGGGAUGGACCCAUUUUACUUUUUAUUAUUUUUUUUUGUUGUUGGUGUGUGUCCUCGUGGGUGAUUUUGUUUUCUCGUCGUUUCGUUUCAUCAAGGUCGUCACCGACCUCCCUUCUAUGCAUUUAUCAGACAAAUAGAAACAUUUCUGUCCUACUCUCAGUAGUUAUUUAUGAUUGUAAAUAUGUAUUUUCUAGAGAAAAAGGAUCAAAUAUUUUAUUGUUACAUUUUUGUGCGUGCGUGUAUGUGUGAGACACCUGAAACGGUUCGCUCGGGCCGGGGCUUAAUGAUACAGCAGCAAAUCAAAACUUUAAACGGAUACCAAACAGAAGAGAAGCACUCGUGCUUAAACGUCUUCCACCGAGGAAAGAAAUCUGUUGUAACCUGCACCGUUUUGGUCUUCCUCUGUACCAGUGUCAGUAUUAUAUCAUGUCUCAUUUACGCUGUGAUAACAGACCAGUCUCUAGCUGGUUACCAUCAUUAAUGUUCUGCUGGGAUUGUUUUUUUUUUGUUUUUUUUUUACCAGUAUUAUAUAAAGAAAACAUCAUAUCAAUUAGUCCAACAAAUACUGUAUCGCUUCUUUGCAGGGCACAAAUUCUUCAAGCACAAUUUUGUGUUUAAUAAAAAAAAACAUUUGUGUGAA